CCCGCCCCCACCUCUUUAUUGGUGCUGGUUUGCAGCGCUCGGCUCCUGCGCCUUCGCUUCGCUUUUGAAUCUGGCUCGCCCCUCCGUAUUAUGUCUGCACUCCGCAGGAAAUUUGGGGACGAUUACCAGGUAGUGACCACCUCUUCCAGCGGCUCGGGCUUGCAGCCCCAGGGGCCCGGCCAGGGCCCGCAGCAGCAGCUCGUACCCAAGAAGAAGCGGCAGCGGUUCGUGGACAAGAACGGCCGGUGCAAUGUGCAGCACGGCAACCUGGGCAGCGAGACGAGCCGCUACCUCUCGGACCUCUUCACCACGCUGGUGGACCUCAAGUGGCGCUGGAACCUCUUCAUCUUCAUCCUCACCUACACCGUGGCCUGGCUCUUCAUGGCGUCCAUGUGGUGGGUGAUCGCUUACACCCGGGGCGACCUGAACAAAGCCCACGUCGGCAACUACACGCCCUGCGUGGCCAAUGUCUAUAACUUCCCCUCCGCCUUCCUCUUCUUCAUCGAGACCGAGGCCACCAUCGGCUAUGGCUACCGAUACAUCACCGACAAGUGCCCCGAGGGCAUCAUCCUCUUCCUCUUCCAGUCCAUCCUGGGCUCCAUCGUGGACGCCUUCCUCAUCGGCUGCAUGUUCAUCAAGAUGUCCCAGCCCAAGAAGCGCGCGGAGACCCUCAUGUUCAGCGAGCACGCCGUGAUCUCCAUGAGGGACGGAAAACUCACGCUCAUGUUCCGGGUGGGCAACCUGCGCAACAGCCACAUGGUCUCGGCGCAGAUCCGCUGCAAGCUGCUCAAAUCUCGGCAGACACCUGAGGGUGAGUUCCUUCCCCUUGACCAACUUGAACUGGAUGUAGGUUUUAGCACAGGGGCAGAUCAACUUUUUCUUGUGUCCCCCCUCACAAUUUGCCACGUGAUUGAUGCCAAAAGCCCCUUUUAUGACCUAUCCCAGCGAAGUAUGCAAACUGAACAGUUCGAGAUUGUCGUCAUCCUAGAAGGCAUUGUGGAAACAACUGGAAUGACCUGUCAAGCUCGAACAUCAUACACUGAGGAUGAAGUUCUUUGGGGUCAUCGCUUUUUUCCUGUAAUUUCUUUAGAAGAAGGAUUCUUUAAAGUUGAUUACUCUCAAUUCCAUGCAACAUUUGAAGUUCCUACCCCGCCUUACAGUGUGAAAGAGCAGGAAGAAAUGCUUCUCAUGUCAUCCCCUUUAAUAGCGCCAGCCAUAACUAACAGCAAAGAAAGGCACAAUUCUGUGGAGUGCUUAGAUGGACUAGAUGACAUUACUACAAAACUUCCGUCAAAGCUGCAGAAAAUCACUGGAAGAGAAGACUUUCCCAAAAAACUCUUGAGGAUGAGUUCUACAACUUCAGAAAAAGCCUACAGCUUGGGAGACUUACCCAUGAAACUUCAAAGAAUAAGUUCAGUUCCUGGAAACUCAGAAGAAAAACUGGUAUCUAAAACCACCAAGAUAUUAUCUGAUCCCAUGAGUCAGUCUGUGGCUGAUUUGCCACCAAAGCUUCAAAAGAUGGCUGGAGGAGCAGCCAGAAUGGAAGGAAAUCUUCCAGCCAAAUUAAGAAAAAUGAACUCAGAUCGCUUCACUUAACAAGACACCCCCUUAGGCAUUAUUUAAUGUUUUGUUUUAGAUAUAGUCCAAUAUUUGGCGAUGAGAUAAUCCUCCCUAAGAAAUUUGAAAGAUUCAUUUCCCCCCAGUUCAUUAAGCAUAUUUGAGAACUCUCCUUUCCCAAGUUUUGCAACUGUGCACAAAACAAAAGUUAAGAAGGGAGGACAUCACGAGGAAGUUAUUAAUGGGCAUGUAUUAUCACAUCAAGCAUGCAAUAAUCUGAAAAUUUUGCAUUUAGUUUUAUGGCAUGAUUUAUAUAUGACAUGUUUAUAAUGUACAUUCUGAAAAAAAAAUAUAUAUAUAAAUAUAUAUUUAAAGGAGA